AGAAAAAAUCAGACUGACAAUUUCAAUUCAAUCCCUUCGUCUCUAUACUACAAAUUUCUCUCAUAUUAAUUAUAUUUUGUCGUUGCAUCUAUGCAAAGUACAAAUAUUUAAUAUGUAUAUAUCAAGUUCAUGUUUGCAGAGUUCACAAAAAAAAUCAUCUCUUGUUACCACUCUGUUGUUCUAAACACAGUUUCAAAAACAAAACCCAAAAUCUGGAGAUGAUCAUUCAAUCAGCUAAUCCUUAAGUUUUACCUUUCAUGGAACAAUUACUUUCCCUGGAAAUCUUCUCUUAAAGGUUUUGUGAAGAUGGGUAGUGAAAAGUUUGAAUUUUUGAUUUGGGUUCCAUUGAUCUCUUGCUUAAUCUGCCUCUGCCAUGGAUACAUACCUGUGAAUAAUUACCUCAUCAACUGUGGAUCAUCAACCAAUGUUACUGUCACUGGUCGAGUGUUCAUGUCUGAUAAGCUUGCUUCCCACUUCUUAACCUCUCCCAGUCAAAUCCUCGCCGGGAGUAAUCGCAAUUCAAAUUCAGAUAUUUACCAGACGGCGAGAAUCUUCACCGGAAUCUCUAAGUAUAGAUUCUCCGUCGCUAGAGGCCGUCACUGGAUUCGUCUCCAUUUCAAUCCUUUUCAGUACCAAAGCUUCCAGAUGGGCUCAGCCAAAUUCUCAGUUUCUUCGCAAACACAUGUCCUCUUGAGUGAUUUCACUGUGAAGUCCAGAGUUAUGAAGGAGUUCUCUCUGAAUGUAGCCACGGAUCAUCUCGAGCUCACGUUUACUCCCUUGGGUGAUUCGUUCGCCUUUCUGAACGGCCUUGAGGUUGUAUCGGUUCCUAAUACGUUGAUCAGUGGUGAUCCUUCCUUCGUAGGCAGUCCUGGGAAGUUUCAGGGAUUGUUAUGGCAAGCUCUUGAGACGGUUCAUAGAGUGAACAUGGGCGGUCCGCGUGUUACGCCUAAUAACGAUACACUUUCGAGAAUCUGGGAGCCUGAUUCGGAGUUUUUAGUUGAGAAAAAUCUAGUUAAGAGUGUGUCUAAGAUUUCAACUGUUGAUUAUGUUUCUGGUUAUGCUACAGAGGAGACUGCCCCAAGAACUGUCUAUGGUACUUGCACCGAGAUGAAUUCCGCUGAUAACCCGUCUAGCAAUUUCAAUGUGACAUGGGAUUUCGAUGUUGACCCGGGUUUUCAGUAUUUCCUCCGGUUCCAUUUCUGCGAUAUCGUGAGCAAAGCUCUAAACCAGCUUUACUUCAAUCUUUAUGUUGACUCAAUGAUGGUCGUUGAGAAUCUUGAUCUAAGCACUUACUUAUCUAACACUUUGGCCGGUGCAUACUCGAUGGAUUGUGUCACGGGAGCAGCAAAACAGACUAAUAGAAUCCGUGUGAGCAUUGGUCCAUCGUCUAUUCACACGGAUUACCCUACUGCGAUUCUGAAUGGAUUAGAGAUCAUGAAGAUGAAUAACUCCAAAAGUCAGCUCAGUGGCGGGACAUUUUUGCCUGGUGCUUCAAGUUCAACCACUAAGAAGAAUGUUGGUAUGAUCAUUGGUGUAACGGUCGGCUCAUUGUUUGCUUUAGUGGUUUUAGGUGUUUUCUUUUUGCUGUACAAGAAACGAGGCCGAGACCGGGAUGACCAUUCAAAGACUUGGAUUCCUUUGUCUUCCAAUGGAACAUCUUCAUCCUCGAAUGGAAAUACAAUUGCAAGUAUAACUUCCAAUUCCAGUUAUCGAAUUCCUUUAGCAGCGAUUAAAGAAGCAACAAAUAGUUUUGACGAGAAUCGAGCUGUUGGAGUUGGUGGUUUUGGUAAAGUGUACAAAGGAGAGCUUCGUGAUGGCAUGAAAGUAGCUGUUAAAAGAGGGAACCCCAAGUCUCAGCAAGGACUAGCAGAAUUCAGGACAGAAAUCGAAAUGUUAUCUCAGUUCCGUCAUCGCCAUUUGGUUUCUCUGAUCGGUUACUGUGACGAGAACAAUGAGAUGAUUCUGAUUUACGAAUAUAUGGAGAAAGGAACACUGAAGAGUCAUCUUUAUGGCUCAGAUCUCCCUAGCUUGAGUUGGAAACAACGGCUAGAGAUAUGCAUUGGAUCAGCUAGAGGAUUGCAUUAUCUCCAUACCGGUGACUCAAAACCUGUGAUUCACAGAGAUGUGAAAUCCGCCAACAUAUUACUGGACGAGAAUCUAAUGGCUAAAGUUGCAGACUUUGGACUGUCUAAGACUGGACCUGAGAUUGAUCAGACUCAUGUAAGUACUGCGGUCAAAGGAAGUUUCGGGUAUCUCGAUCCCGAAUACUUCAGAAGACAACAGCUGACAGAGAAAUCAGACGUAUACUCCUUCGGAGUCGUUAUGUUUGAGGUUCUCUGCGCGAGACCCGUCAUAGACCCAACACUUACAAGAGAGAUGGUGAAUCUAGCGGAAUGGGCGAUGAAAUGGCAGAAGAAAGGACAGCUUGAACACAUCAUUGAUCCAUCACUGCGAGGUAAAAUCAGACCCGAUUCCCUUAGGAAGUUUGGUGAAACAGGAGAGAAAUGUUUAGCUGAUUUUGGAGUUGAUAGACCAUCAAUGGGAGAUGUGUUGUGGAAUCUUGAAUACGCUUUGCAGCUACAAGAAGCUGUAAUUGAUGGAGAUCCAGAAGAAGAUAACAGCACGAACAUGAUAGGUGAAUUACCUCUACGGUUCAAUGAUUUUAGCCAUGGGGACACGAGUGUUAGCGUUUCUGUAGCUAGAGAGGGAAGGAUUGAAGAAGAAGAAGAGUCGAGUGUUGAUGAUAUGUCAGGUGUUUCCAUGAGUAAAGUUUUCUCGCAGCUGGUCAAAUCUGAGGGACGAUAAGGUUACUAAUUGGAACCUGAAUGUAGAAUCUAUAUUUUCUCCUAUAGCUUCUUUUUUGGUGUGUACAUAUUUAACGAUUAGACUUAUGUUUCAUGUACUUGAAAAUAAUCAUUGGGGUUUGAGAUUGAAUCUUUGAUGGGCCAA